AUGUACCUCAAGCAUUCUUUGCCGGCUUUUGUUCUGGGGCUGCUCACCUCCACUCAGGAGGCCGCCGCUGCGCCCCAGCCUAGCUCGACCCCUAGCCCAAUAGCAGACCCCUACAAGACCUACACCAUCAGCGCCGGCAAUAUCACUGCCAAAUUGAUUCCUCAUGGCGCGCGCCUGACUUCAUUGCUUGUCCCUGACCGCAAUGGGACACUUCAGGACGUCGUCGUAGGCUUCGAUGACCCAACGCAGUACAGCGACGAUGACAACUUCUUCGGCGCCGUCGUCGGCCGCUACGCGAACCGCAUCAAAAACGGCACCUUCACGAUUGCCGGCGAAUCAUACCAGAUUCCCAAGAACGAGAACGAUGGCCUCGACACCCUCCAUGGCGGUGAUAUUGGCUAUGACCAGCGCAAUUGGACCGUGACAUCCUACACAAACUCUUCAAUCACCUUCUCCUUCUACGACCACGCCCUUCAGGGCUUCCCUGGGGACGUCCUCACCCACGCAACCUACGCCGUCGACAAUGACACCCCCUCAGGCUCCCCACAGCUAACCACCAAGCUUGUCUCCCUAGCCCUAACCGAGGCAACCCCCAUCAUGCUUGCAAACCACAUCUACUGGAACCUCAAUGCCUUCCGCGACGCUAACGUCCUCGACGAUGUAACUCUUCAACUGCCCUUGAGCACCCGCUUCAUUGCCACAGAUGGGAUUCUCAUCCCCAACGGCACAAUCUCCACCGUCGACGCCUACAAUGGCGCGCCGGACUUUACGUCCCCAAAACUCGUCGGUGAAGACAUUGACGACGCCGUCGGUCUCUGCGGUACAGACUGCACCGGCUACGACAACUGCUGGAUUGUCGACAGGCCGACGGGAUACUCGUCUGACGCAAUCAUCCCAGCAGUCUACAUGGCCUCCAAGAACACGGGAAUCACCCUGGAAGUCUCGACAAACACCCCGGCUAUCCAGAUCUACAGUUGCAACGGCCAGGAUGGAUCUGACCCUAUAAAGCCGUCUCAGGUCCAGCGCAACAAGGAUGCUGGAUUCAAUGGCCCAACCACCCUCGACAAAAACGCCUGCGUUGUUAUUGAGACUGAGGGGUGGAUUGACGGCAUCAAUCAGCCUAGUUGGGGCCAGACGGACAACCAGAUCUUUACCCCUAGAGGCCUACCAGCGAUCAAUCUGGCUAUUUACCGAUUUGGUACGGCUUAG